AUGAACACAAGCAUCUCACCAUUUGUUCUGCUUGCAAUCAUGCUUAUUCUUGGAGCUACGCUUGUAAAUCUUAUUGCAUUGAGGGCAAACAACAAGGCAGAGCCUGCCGGUACAAGGUACAUAGAGAAAAUCAAGUCUACAAGGAAGAAAGGGAUGAUAUUCUUUCUCCUGGCCCUAAUAUUCACAACCGUUUACUAUUUCUUCUACACACAGAAUCACCUGGAAGGAAGAACACCGCCUUUGCUCAAGAGAGUGAGUGUGAACAGCCACUCUUUGAAGAUGCUUGAGCUAUCUGCAAGGAGCUUCCAGAAAAGCUUUAUGUUCUAUGCUACUUCUCUUAUCAUACCUCUUGUGUCAUCAAGAAGAUUUAGAGUCCUAGGGAUUGACGAAAAGACCUCCAUUGCAUUUGUCAAGUAUUAUUCUCUGCUUGGAAGUUUCCUGUAUCCAUUAGUCUUUCAUGUUUGCAGUGGGCAUGAUCUCGGAUCCUAUCUUGUAGAAGUCCUAAACAUUGCAGAAACCUCUCUGCUGCUAUCACUGUACUCUUUGCUGUUACUCAAGAUGUGUAAAGUGCAUGACGUUCUCUCAUACACACAAGUCAUCACUAAGUUUGAGAUAGAGGAAGUUCUUGAUAGGGUAAAACCUAAGAUUAUUGGUAUUAUAGGAUACCUCUGCCUUGAUGGUGCAUCUGGAGUAGCUAGGAUGACAGCGAUGUUUUUUGCUGGAGACUAUAGUCGAGGUCUCCCGGUCAACUCACUUGUGGAGACAGCCUUUUUCAUAGCACUGUACUACUAUUCGAUCAAGUUCUUAGUUACCCCGGGGAAUGGUAUUUGUGAAUCCAUCCAAAAAAUGGAGAACAUUAAGAAGCAUGUUGCAGCCGGGUUCCUGAAUCUUGAACAUCGAGAUGAAGACAGCAUGAUAGACGUUUCCAAAAUCCCAAAUAUCUGA